UAUAGAAACUUUCAUAUGUAAACUUUAAAUAAUAUAUUUAGUAUGACUAAUAAUGGGAAUAAAUCAAUCAUCAUUAGAAAACCUACAUUCCAACAAGUAUCUUGGUCGAUUUGUUGGAACUCAGCAAAUUUUACGAGAAGAUAUGUUUUGGAAUGAGUUUACGCAAUUCUCUUCGUUAUCACUUUUUACAAGGGACGCCAUAAAGUUAUUUAAAAAAGAUAUUGAAGCAUUAUGCAAAAAAUUAUCAACAAACACUAAAGCAAGUGGAAACUUUAUGACACUUGUAUGUAUUAGUAAUUACUGCGCUCGUGAACUAAUAUCUCAUAGCUCCAAUAUCAAUAAUUCUGAAAUUGUAAACAAAUUUAGAAAUGCAUUAUUCAUUAUUCGUUGUUGCUGUGAAUAUUUUGCUGAACAUCUCUUUGAAGAUGAUUUUAUUGACUUAUUUAACACAGUACCUUUGUUUGAUGAUCAAGUUAGCAUGUUUGAAGAGUAUAUUUUAGUGUUAUCGGAAGUCAUUUCUUUUGUACCAGUCAAUUCGUCUACAUACUAUGUGCAUUUUGAGUCAAUUACUUCAUACAUUGUUUUACUUUCCACGCAACUGUUUCAACCUAAACCAAAAGAAUCAAGCAAGAUAUUUUUGUCUAUACUUCAUAGUAAAUGUUCUGGAAAUGCAAUAACUGUUAUUCAGAGCUGUUUACAUAAUUAUAUAAAAAAUGAUCCUCCUCCAUCAGAUUCCAAGAGUGUGGUCUCUUGGGCUGCUUCUGGUAUUUGGUCAAUGUUUGUAAAUGAUAAUCAAUCUACAGAUUCACCAAGCAAUUUGAUUCUUUAUCCGCUAGCAAACCAUAGUUUCUUUCUUCUUAAUUUAUUUGUAUUCAGUUCUUCUAAAGAGCAUAAUUUAUAUAGAAAAGCAGUUCUUAAUUGUAAGCCAGGAAAAAGUUCUGGCAGUGGAGAAGAUGAUGCAACCACAAACAAUGACUGUUCGUUUACCCUUAAUUUUAACAGGCUGUUUUCAGCUUUAGCACGAGACCUUCACAUGGAACAAACUGUUUUGCUGCUGUACACCAUGCUGCAUAAAAACAAGUCAUUUGUAAAUUACCUGCUACGUCAAAAAGAUAUAGAGAAUAUUUUAUUACCACUGUUAAAAGUAUUAUAUGAUCUUGAAAAAAGCAACCCACACAGUAUAUACAUGGUUCUGAUAUGCAUUCUUAUUUUUACUCAAGAUUCCACUUUCAAUAACAUUAUUCAUCAUAAAACAGGAUUGGAUUUAUCUUGGUAUAAAGAAAAAAAAUUAAUUGGUAUAAGUCUUGGUAGCUUUAUAGUUCUUAUUUUGCUACGUACUAUCCAGUUUAAUAUGGCAAAAAUGAGAGAUAAGUAUUUACAUACAAAUUGUUUAGCAUCAUUGGCAAAUAUGGCAAGUAACUUUACAAACUUGCAUCCUGUUGUCACACAGAAGCUAACUGUUUUGCUUGAACAACUUAUCAAACGGUUAUCUAAACUGGUAACCCAAACUUCGAAAGAAGUGCAAGAAACAAAGGAAGUUACUGAUGUCGAGGUUUUGGAAGAAAUAAUUUACAUGUUAUUAGAAAUUAUCAAUGCAUCUUUGUUUGCGAAUAUAGAAGAAAGUUCAAAUCUCAUACUUUCUUUACUUCGAAACAAAGAACUUUUUGAUGGAUUAGCUACAAAACCAAAGUUUAAAAAUAUUGUUACCAAUAUUGCUGUUAUAUUUUCUUACUUCGGAAAAAAUGUGAAUGAGCUAGCAGAAUAUGGUGAUAGUCCCGAUAGUAUUUUAACCGCGAUAAAACAAUCUUCAGCAGCUUUUCCCAUACAAAAAAUGGUGAAGUUUCCUGCAUUGAUGUUUCGUUAUUUGGAAGAAGAGUCUGCUGAAGAAUUUUUUAUUCCGUAUCUUUGGUCAAUCAUAUAUAAACAAUCAUUUUUAUAUUGGAACAGCGAUCGCAUAUUGCUUUUUCCAACCUGUCCCUAAUAUUUAGAAUUCUAGGUUCUAGGUUUCUAGAAAAAAAAGCCUAUAACUUUCAAAAGAA